AUGAUUGUAAAGCUGGCCAAGAUUCGGGGAUACGAUUACCUUCCGCCAUACAACGAUAUUCGUACCAUACUUGCAUUUGACGGGGACCUGAUCGUCGAGGGCUCCUCCGCUCUUGCUCUUGCCGAAUACUUUAAGAUGUCGAAAACAAUUGCUGGUUUCAUUGGCGGUCAUGUUGUUCAGCAGACGCUCGAAGCUGGCUACCGCGCUCGCCUUGCAGUGCGGAGGGAGGAAUCCAUCGAGACGUUCAAGAAAGUCUUCUCGCAGCAUCUCGAACAACUCGAGUUUGUCGUCAUCGAAGACAUUACGAAAGAGCGUCCCUUCUCAGACGCGCUGGUUGGCGUCGACAACGUCUUCCAUCUGGCAUCGCCCGUCCCAGGAAAAAGCACUGACUUCAAGGAGGACUAUUUGAACCCCACCAUCAAGGGAACCAUGUCGCUGCUCGAAGCCGCCCAGUCUGUUCCGUCGAUCAAGCGUGUCAUCAUCGACUCGUCCAUGACCUCGUUAAUGCCACUGGAGAUAGAUGAUGCCGACAGUUUUGAAGUUAAGGGCCCCUCCGCUCCCACCAUCGUCAAGUACAAAGCCUCCAAAUUGCUCGCCCACCGCGCCUGCCUCGACUGGGUUGAGCAGCAGAGCACCGCCGGUAAGCUUUCAUUCGCCGUCGUCAGCCUGCAUCCUUCUAUUGUUAUCGGCCGUCACCUUCUACAGCCAUCGCCUACAGUCCAAGGCAGCAGCAACGCGCACGUCUGGGACUCACUGUUCGCGCCCGAGGGACUCUUGCAUGGGAUUGGCGUUGAUGUACGCGACGUAGCAAGCGCGCACCUAUGCGCGCUAAAGCCUACGGAUGACGAGCUCGGUAUCAAGGGCCAAGUCGCAGAGUUCCUGAUUAGCGCGCCUGAUUGGACGUGGCGAGGCAUUGCAGAUUUUGUGAAGAAGAGUUAUCCGUGGCUUGCUGUCGCAUUAGAAGAUGGGCCAUUGUUGAAAUUGAGGACAGAGAGAGCAGAAACGGUGUUAGGAAUCAAGUGGAGGCCGUUGGAGGAUGCAGUUGGCGAACUGGUUGAUCAGCAGAUUGAGUGUGGGAAUGUGAAGUCUUGA